AUGGCCUACAACUGCUUCGUUGCCAUCUGCAAACCCCUGCACUACGGGACCCUCCUGGGCAGCAGAGCUUGUGUCCACAUGACAGCAGCUGCCUGGGGCAGUGGGUUUCUCAAUGCUGUCCUGCACGGUGCGAAUACAUUUUGCAUACCACUCUGCCAAGGCAAUGCCAUAAACCAGUUCUUCUCUGAAAUCCCCCAGAUUCUCAACAUCUCCUGAUCACAAUCCUACCUUAGGAAAGCUGGGGUCCUUAUGGAAUGUUGGUUUAGCUUGGGGUGUUUUAUUUUCACUGUGCCGUCCUAUGUGCAGAUCUUCAGGGCCGUGUGGAGGAUCCCCUCUGAGCAGGGAGGGCACAAAGACUUUUCCACGUGCCUCGCUCCCCUGGCUGUGGUCCCCCUGUUUAUCAGCACUGGCAUGGUGGCCUACCUGAAGCCCCCCUCCAUCUCCACCCCAUCCCUGGAUCUGGUGGUGGCAGUGCUGUACUCGGUGAUGCCUCCAGGAGUGAACGCCUUCAUUUACAGCAUGAGGAACCAGGAGCUUAAAGAUGCAUUGAUGAAGCUGACUCAGUCAUUUUUCUGUCAGCAGCAAUAA